AAAUACAAACAACGUUGAGAUUGUUGGGUACUCUUUUGAUUUUAAGAGGGGAAUCGAAGGAAGAAAUGGAGAAAGAAAGGCAAAUUUCAGCGAUGGAGGCGUUCGAGAAGUUGGAGAAGGUGGGAGAGGGAACUUACGGGAAGGUUUACAGAGCAAGGGAGAGAGCGACGGGGAAGAUCGUAGCCUUGAAGAAGACGCGCCUCCACGAGGACGAUGAAGGCGUCCCUCCCACCACUCUCCGCGAGAUCUCGAUCUUGCGCAUGCUCUCUCGCGAUCCUCAUGUCGUCAGAUUGAUGGAUGUUAAACAAGGGCAAAACAAAGAAGGAAAGACGGUUCUGUACUUGGUUUUUGAGUACAUGGAUACCGAUCUCAAGAAAUACAUCCGUUCCUUUCGCCAAACUGGGGAGAGCAUUCCGGUCAACAUUGUCAAGAGCUUGAUGUACCAACUGUGCAAAGGUGUUGCCUUCUGUCACGGCCAUGGAAUAUUACACAGGGACCUUAAGCCUCACAAUCUCCUCAUGGACAGAAAGACCAUGGCGCUUAAGAUAGCCGAUCUCGGCCUUGCUCGUGCUUUCACUCUUCCCAUCAAGAAGUACACUCAUGAGAUAUUGACCCUUUGGUAUAGAGCACCUGAAGUUCUUUUGGGGGCUACACAUUAUUCAACUGCUGUGGAUAUGUGGUCUGUGGCCUGCAUAUUUGCCGAGCUGGUCACCAAGACUGCCUUAUUCCCCGGAGAUUCUGAAUUGCAGCAGCUCCUUCAUAUUUUCAGGUUGUUGGGUACUCCAAAUGAACAAGUGUGGCCCGGACUGAGUUCACUUCCAAACUGGCAUGAGUAUCCCCAAUGGAGCUCCCAGAGUCUGUCAUCGGCUGUUCCCAAUUUGGACAGCGACGGGCUCGACCUGUUAUCGCAAAUGUUGCAAUAUGAUCCCGCCAAGCGUAUUUCGGCCAAGAAAGCUAUGGAACAUCCUUACUUUGCGGAUCUGAAGAAGGAUUAUCUUUGAAACAGCACAAAGAAGGGAAGUUUCAUAGUGGAAACCUAUCUGCUUCUCUCAAGCAUUUGUAGUAUUAGGAUUACUAGUAGUGUCUUCUUAUGAUUUGUUUGCUAAAACUUUGGUUCAUGAACUAAGUGAGAACGAAUGUAUGGGUUGUAUGUGCUUAUCUCAUUCUGAGCAGCCAUUCUAAGAAAGCUAUGAACGAGGUCUGCUCGUUAUGAUGUGGCA